GAAUGAGUGGAUGGGGCGUUGGAUUAAGCUGUGAUCACGCAAUACUUUGUUAAUAAAUGGUUGGCAGGUACCGGGUAUAUAGCGGUGUAGUUUGGAUUGGCUGUAUAGGGAGCACGCUAUCACAGUGGAGCAAUAAAUAGGCUAUUGCCGGCUACCAGAUCUGAUCCAUCCAUCUACAACUAUAAAUCCCUCCAAUUCCUAUGACUCUCGUAUAACACUCUCAUAUAACCAAAGGUUCAAUCAAAAUACUAAAUAAAAUGCAAGCAAUCCGCCUCCACCCGGCUGAAGGUGUCCCCCCUUACAGCCCCUCCAACCCCGCCCCCUCGUCGGCACUGCACCUCGACACAAUCCCAGUCCCCAAACCAUCCAAGGUCGGCGAACUGCUCAUCAAAGUCAAAGCAUCGACAAUAAUCCGCGACACGCUGACAUGGCCCGAAACAUACAGCCAUGAAUACACCAUCCCAGGAAACGACCUGGCAGGGACAGUCGUCGAAGUCUUCGGUGAAAACUCCAAGUUCAAGCCCGGCGAUGACGUCUUUGGCAUGCUCGCUGCGGACCGCCCAGGAGCAUGGGCCGAGUACGCUAUUGCAACUGAAAGCGAAGUUUCGUUGAAACCGGCCAAGUUAACCUGGGAAGACGCUGCCGCGCUGCCGUUGAGUGGGAUGACAGCGUGCGAGGCACUAUUUGUUCAUGCCGGCGUACCAGUCCCUGGAAAGGACGUGGCCGUGAAGAAUUCGAAAUCCAGCGCUACUAGUGGAAGCAAGAAGGUCCUUAUCACAGGAGCAGGAGGUGCCGUGGGUGCCUAUAUUGUGCAACUAGCCAGGCUCGCCGGGCUGCAUGUCACCGGCGCAACGAGUUCAAAUGAGCGUAAUGCUGAAUUUCUUCGUGGGCUUGGGGCAGACGAUACCAUCGAAUACGCAGUCCUGCAGACAAAGGAGCAGAAGGAAGCUUACGACAUUAUCAUCGACACCGUGGGAGGACAGCCGCUAGUGGAUGCCUGGGCGUGCAUCAAAGCGGAUGGAGCGCUGGUUACAGUGGACUCAAGCAGCUUCAAUUUCCUCGAGGAGCACACCAAGCGCGGGAUUCGACGAGAAGGAAUUAAGGCAUUGUUCUUUAUCAUAGAGGGUGGUCCUGCUAGUUUAAACGCCCUGGCAGAGUUUGCGGACCUGGGGUUACUUCGCGUGUUUGUACUGGAUUCUUACCCUCUUGCGAAGGCCCGUGAGGCGUAUGACCGUGCAAAUGGACGGCUGACAGGGCGAGGGAAGAUUAUUCUCUCCGUGUGAGAAGCAGUAUACUGUACCUAAAACCUCGACCUGCCCCUCUUUUAUAAAUUCUUAAUUACCCUUCAAUUACUAUUCCGUCCAUAACUGUCGUGUAGAGAGCAAAAUGACUGCUACGUGGAAUUGCUAUUGUGCCCUAUGUUCCUGCUCACUGGGCGGCAACUCCGACCUGGGAUCGAAGGAGCCC